UUCAGGUCCGAGCUGAAGGAACAAGACAAAUUCAUUUUAGAGCUGGAUAUUGUGAUUCUUCGACGAGAUUUUGGUUGAGUUUCAAGCCAUUUCGAGGUCGUCAUUAUGCGGAAGUAUCUCGUGGUUUUGAUGUUGGUUUAUAACUACAUCGAGUCAGUGACGAGUCAAGCUUGUUCUCGUGCUUCGAUGAUCCGCGAUGGGACAUGCACAACCCAGUGUGUACCCUCAACAGGAUGUCCUGAACCAGACUCGGACUGUCUGUGUGAUUCCCAAUGUGGAUAUAGCUGCGUCAAAAGAGGUUUGUCUUGUGGUCCAGCACCAACUAUACGUAAUGCGGACCUAACAUCAUCUGGGACAGCCUUUAAUGAUACUGUGGUAUACACAUGUCAGUCUGGUUAUACCAUAAAUGGUGAUAAUGUAAGGAGAUGUACUGCUAAAGGAACGUGGAGUGGAGUUGGUCCUACAUGUUUGCCCGUUUGCCAGCAGCCCGACCUGCCAUUUGGCUCGUACGUGAAGACUAACCUCAAGUCAGAGUACAAGACAGGAGAGAGUGUUACCCUUGACUGUAAAACGGGCUUCAUAAAGGAGGGUAAUCCAAGAAGAAUUUGUAUAUCUGGAAGAUGGACAGCAUUUCCAUUUGAAUGCAAAGCAACACAUUCUUGUCCAAGAGCAAUCCGCGGCUCUCGAUACAGGUGUGCUAAUAAAUGUUCCCCCGACGAUCCUGAUGGGUGUCUCGCGGGACACAGAUGUCUUUGUGACGGGCAGUGCGGUUACAGUUGUGUUGAGCAAGGCCUGCAGUGUCCUUCCCCCACUCGAGUUAAGAACGCUCUUAUAAAAUUCAAUAGCACUGGAUACAAUGGCACUGUAACGUACAAAUGUCAAGAGAACUUCACCCUCAACGGCGAUAGAGUACGAAGAUGUACAGCCAAGAAGAGAUGGGAAGGAGCAGUACCUUCCUGUUUACCGGACUGCGGCCAGCCAAGAGUUCCUCAACACGCCUACAUCGAAAACAAGAAGUCUAAAUACGCCUCUGGUGAUCGAGUGACGUUCAAAUGUGAUGCAGGUUACAAUCAAGAAGGAAUAUCAACAACAUUGUGUUUCAUGGGAAGGUGGAAUGUAAUGCCUUUUAGAUGUGAUAAGGGAGGAUGUGGGGAUCCUGGUACACCAGAGAACGGCAAUAAAUUAGGAAUAUCUUACGCACCAGGAUGGGAAGUGUUUUUCUCUUGUAACAUUGGAUACGUUCGUGUUGGUUCUGGAAAAAGAAGAUGUCUUCAUAACAACACGUGGAGUGGUACACAACCAACCUGUAAACUCAUCGAUUGUGGACCGCCUCAAGUACUAAAAAACGGAACUAUAAUCGGUGGUGAGACGACUUCCAAAAAUCUAUCUCUUUUAAAUGUGAUGAAGGAUUCAAGUUGGACGGAAAUCCUAGUGCUAUCUGUCAGUCAGACGGAAAAUGGAGUGGUGUCGGCGCAAACAAAGCUAGUUCUCACAAAGUGCAGCGAUCCUGGAACACCGAUGAAUGGCAUCAAGAAAGGACUUUCGCGUACAACUGGGAGCCUAGUGUUCUUUGCUUGUAAUUUUGGAUACAAAAUCCUUGGUUCCUUGUCGAGACAAUGUCUGGCGAACAAAAAAUGGAGUGGUGUGCAACCAACAUGUCUAAGUUUGUUCAAAAGUUGUGUUAACCCACUUCUACCUGAAAACGCUUAUAUCGCAAACAAAAAAUCGAAGUAUCUCCAUGGUGAUGCCGUAACCUUUAAGUGCAACAAAGGGUUUCUCCCGGUAGGCAUUAACAGGUCACAGUGCUUCAUGGGCAGAUGGAGUACAAUACCUUUUAGUUGCAUAAACACAAAACUUUAAGCUAAUGGCAGAUGACAGUGUAUACCAUGGCGUAACUGAUUUACCUGGCCAAAGCUCUUGUAAAGUUCAAGCUAGAAAUAAUGUUAACUACAAAUACUAUUUUUUGUUUUUAAGCAUGAAAAUCUGAUAUUCGAGUGUAAGUCUUAAGGGAAUAAAACGAUGAUGUGUAAAAUUAGCCCCGUGGG